UAAUGUGUAUAUAUGAUUGGGAUUAUCCCUAAUCAUAAUUUACACUGAGUAUGAUGAUGAUAUAAUUGAGAUUAUAGACGAUAGACAAUGAAUCUUUAGAGAAAUAGUACAUAAUUUAUUGAUUUUAGGAAAUAUUAUAGCAAUAAUGAAUUAAUAAACAUAAGCUUUAAGAGUGAAAUUCAUUUGGGUUUUAAUAAGUUCUUUAUCAAAGCAUAGUAGAAUUUCGAGAUAUUGAUCAAGCUAACUGUUCAUAAUGUGGUUUCCACAAACAUCUAACCAGGGAUUCAACCGGUGUCGCUGCGUUGCUCCGUUGACGCCGUUCAAGCCUUUGGCCAAGGCUGAUACUUCUCAGAUGAGAUAUCCAUCAUCAUCAGAAGAGACUCAUGAACCAAAAAGAAUAAGUCCAGAAAGGGGAGCCAAAACCAUAAUGGACUCAGACUCAACAUCACCCAAGGAACCAGGCUCAGCAGAUCCAACCUCAAAGCACAAACUGACAAUACCAGUACAAAACAAGCCCCCAGAUCACAGAAAACAACUGGAUCCAGUAUGGAAACCCGGGUCCAACAACCUCAAUCUAAGGACACUACCUUCAAAUAGGCCAAACCCACCUCAAGACCCGGCAAUACAGAGAAGAGACGGGCUGAGCAGUGGCAGCAAUAACCGAAGUGACAGCAUCGAGAGCACGAGUUCAGCACCCUUUAAGCCGCAUACUGGAGGGGAUAUCAGAUGGGAUGCUAUAAACGCGGUUAAUGCUAGAGAGUCUCCUUUAGGACUAAGCCAUUUUAGGCUCUUAAAAAGGUUGGGUUAUGGUGAUAUUGGUAGUGUUUAUUUGGUUGAAUUAAGAGGGACUAGUGCACAUUUUGCUAUGAAAGUUAUGGAUAAGGUAUCACUUGCUAGUAGGAACAAGUUGCUUAGAGCUCAGACUGAAAGGGAGAUUCUUGGUUUGCUUGAUCAUCCUUUUUUACCUACUUUGUAUUCUCAUUUUGAGACUGAUAAGUUUUACUGCUUAGUUAUUGAGUUCUGCAGUGGUGGGAAUCUUCAUUCACUUAGACAAAAGCAGCCUAACAAACACUUUACUGAAGAAGCUGCUCGGUUUUAUGCAUCAGAAAUACUCUUAGCACUAGAGUAUUUACACAUGCUUGGAAUAGUAUAUAGAGACUUAAAGCCAGAAAAUGUACUAGUGAGGGAUGAAGGCCAUAUUAUGCUCUCAGAUUUUGAUCUCUCCCUCAGAUGUUCAGUAAACCCAACACUAGUCAAGUCAUCCUCAGCUCACGUUCCUAACAGUGGUGGGGGUGGGGGUGGGGGUGGGGGUGGGGGUAGUGGUGGGAUCCUCGACGAGGAAACUGCAGUUCAGGUAUGCAUACAGCCGUCUAGCUUCUUCCCCCGGAUACUACCCAGCAAGAAAAACCGAAAGUCCAAAUCAGAUUUUGGACUUUUCGUAAAUGGGUCUCUCCCAGAGCUAAUGGCUGAGCCCACCAAUGUCCGAUCAAUGUCAUUUGUGGGGACCCAUGAGUACCUCGCCCCUGAGAUCAUCCGGGGUGAGGGGCAUGGUAGUGCUGUGGACUGGUGGACAUUUGGUAUUUUCUUGUAUGAGCUCCUACAUGGAACUACCCCUUUCAAAGGACAAGGUAAUCGAGCCACCUUGUUCAAUGUGGUUGGCCAGCCGUUGAGGUUUCCCGACUCUCCGAAUGUUAGCAUGGUGGCACGAGAUCUCAUUCGUGGGCUCCUAAUUAAGGAGCCCCAUAAGAGGAUCGCGUAUAAAAGGGGUGCGACUGAAAUCAAACAACAUCCUUUUUUCGAAGGCGUGAAUUGGGCACUUGUAAGAAGUGCAGCUCCUCCUCAUAUGCCUGAACCCGUAGAUUUUUCCAAGUUUGCUAGUAAGGAAACACCUCCCCCAUGUGUGGAAAAGAAGGUUCAAACCUCUAGUGGGAGUGACAACAACCCGAGCAGUUCUGACGAUUCGACUUACAUCGAUUUUGAGUAUUUCUAAUUAACUAUACCUUUUGUUUAGCAGAAGGGACUAAUUUUUUGUUGUACAAAGAACUUCAAAACUGUAUUGUUAUUUUGAAACAGAAAUUCUUUAUGACAAAUAUGUAGUAUGAGAUUUCAGUCUGUUCACAGG